CUCACUCUCACAGGUCACUUCACUUCACUUUUGUUCUUCUUGGCGUUUCUCUUAUUAUCUCUCUUAGUUACGUCUCAUUCACUUAGGAGAUGGAUAGCAGCUGCUGAUUCCCGCUUCAAUCACCGGCCAGUUCCAUUAGAUCUCCAAUCUGGUUCUGGAGAUGUCUCAAGCUGAGGAUUUAUGGGAGCGCUUGGUUCGUGCUGCACUUAGGAGAGAAAGAACAGGAAUAGAUGCAUAUGGGCGGCCUAUUGGUGGCAUUGCUGGAUUUGUUCCAUCUUCACUUACAAAAAACAGGGAUAUAGAUGUAAUUCUGAGAGCUGCAGAUGAAAUUCAGGAUGACGAUCCAAAUGUGUCCAGGAUAUUAUGUGAAUAUGCUUACUCAUUGGCUCAGAAUCUGGAUCCUAACAGUGAGGGAAGAGGUGUUCUACAGUUCAAGACUGGAUUAAUGUCUGUCAUAAAGCAAAAGCUUGCCAAAAAAGAGGUUGGAACCAUUGACAGAAGCUUGGAUAUUGCUCGGUUACUAGAGUUUUAUAAAGAGUACAGAAAUAAGAAUAAUGUAGACAAGCUGCGGGAGGAGGAAAUGAUGUUAAGAGGGUCAGGUGUACUUACUGGCAAUCUUGGAGAGUUGGAGCGUAAAACUGUCAAAAGAAAAAGAGUUUUUGCGACUCUUAAAGUUCUGGGUACAGUAUUGGAAGAAUUGACUAAGGAAAUCUCCCCAGAAGAUCCAGGAAAGUUGAUUCCUGAAGAGAUUAAACGUAUGAUGGAGUCUGAUGCUGCUAUGACAGAAGACCUUAUUGCUUAUAAUAUAAUCCCUUUGGAUGCACCUAUGAGUUCAAAUGCUAUUGUUUCUUUCUCAGAGGUUCGAGCUGCAGUAUCAGUCAUAAAGUAUUUCAGGGAAUUACCCAAAUUGCCAGGGAGUUUUCCUAUACCAGCUACAAGGAGUGCAGAUAUAUUCGACUUUCUACAUUUUGUUUUUGGUUUUCAGAAAGAUAAUGUCUCUAAUCAAAGGGAACAUAUUGUUCACCUUCUCGCAAAUGAACAGACUCGGCUUCGUAUCCCAGAGGAGCCUGAUCCGAAACUGGACGAGGCUGCUGUUCAAAAGGUUUUCCUGAAGUCUCUAGAUAAUUAUACUAAGUGGUGUAACUAUUUGGGCAUACUAACAGUGUGGAGCAACUUGGAGGCUGUAAGCAAGGAGAAGAAGUUGUUAUUUGUUUCAUUGUAUUUUCUCAUAUGGGGUGAAGCAGGAAACAUCAGGUUUCUUCCAGAAUGCUUAUGCUACAUAUUUCAUCAUAUGGCGAAGGAGCUCGAUGAAAUUUUGAGGCAGCAAGUUGUGAAGGCAGCCGACAGUUGCAAGACUGAGAAUGGUGUCUCCUUCCUAGACCGAGUUAUAUGUCCUUUAUAUGACACUAUUUCCGCAGAAGCUUCCAACAAUGAUAAUGGUCGAGCACCUCAUUCUGCCUGGAGAAAUUAUGAUGAUUUUAACGAGUACUUCUGGUCACCUCAUUGCCUUGAACUCAGUUGGCCAUGGCGCGAUAGCUCGUCCUUUUUCAUGAAGCCAACUCCAAGAUCAAAGAAUGUAUUGAUAUUUGGGGGAGGAAAACGACGGGGCAAAACUUCCUUUGUUGAACACAGGACAUUUCUUCACUUGUACCACAGUUUCCACAGAUUGUGGAUUUUCCUUGCCAUGAUGUUUCAGGGACUAACCAUCAUUUCAUUCAAUGACGGAAAUUUCAAUUCAAAGACCCUAAGGGAAGUUCUCAGUCUUGGUCCAACAUUUGUGGUGAUGAAGUUCUUCCAAAGUCUUCUGGACAUUAUAAUGAUGUAUGGUGCAUAUUCAACAUCCCGGAGAUUAGCCAUGUCACGAAUCUUUUUUAGAUUCAUUUGGUUUACUGUAGCAUCAAUGCUGAUAUGCUUUCUUUAUGUAAAGGCUCUCCAAGAACAGAGCAACACAAAUUCUGGUUCUGUUGUCUUCAGAAUUUACGUCAUUGUGAUAGGAAUCUAUGCUGGUGUCCAGAUCUUUUUUAGUUCCUUAAUGAGGAUACCCGCCUUCCGCCGUGUGACGAAUCAUUAUGAUAGUUGGCCUUUCGUUCGUUUUGUGAAGUGGAUGCACCAGGAGCAUUACUAUGUUGGCCGAGGCAUGUAUGAGAGGACGACUGAUUUUAUCAAGUAUUCCAUAUUCUGGCUAUUUGUUUUGGGGGGGAAGUUUUGUUUUGCUUACUUUCUUCUGAUUCAACCUUUGGUGGUUCCUACAAGAUUUAUUCUUAAGAUGGAUAACGUGAUCUACUCUUGGCAUGAUUUCGUAUCCAAAAAUAACUAUAAUGCUUUGACGGUUGUUUCAUUGUGGGGGCCAGUUGUCGCUAUUUAUCUUGUGGAUACUUAUUUAUUUUACACUGUCAUAUCUGCUGUCUGGGGUUUCUUGCUUGGGGCAAGAGAUCGCCUUGGAGAGAUUAGAUCUUUGGAGCUUGUCCAUAAACUAUUCGAGAAAUUUCCUCAAGCUUUUAUGGAUACUCUUCAUGUUCCUCUUAACCGGACUCACAUGGAACCCAAUGGUCAAAAUUUGGAGAAAUGCAAAACUGAUGCUGCUCAAUUUUCACCCUUCUGGAAUGAGAUAAUAAAGAAUCUUCGUGAAGAGGACUACAUAAGCAAUUUAGAAAUGGAGUUGCUCUUAAUGCCCAAGAAUAGUGGAACUGUUCCUUUGGUUCAAUGGCCCCUUUUCCUUCUUGCUAGCAAAAUAAUGAUUGCAAAAGAUAUUGCAGCAGAAAGUAAAGACUCACAAGAAGAACUGUGGGAUAGAAUCUCUAGAGAUGAUUACAUGAAAUAUGCUGUUGAGGAAUGUUACCAAGUUAUUAGAUUUAUCUUGACUUCUAUCUUAGAUGACGUGGGAAGGAUGUGGGUUGAUCAAAUAUAUGAUUCUAUACAGUCAAGCAUAAAGAAAAACAUGGUACACGAGGACUUCAAAUUGGGAAAACUUCCUCUCAUUAUUUCAAGAAUUACAGCUCUUAUGGGAAUACUGAAAGAAACGGAAACCCAAGAACUGCAUACUGGUGCAAUCAAAGCUGUUCAAGAGUUUUAUGAUGUUGUGCGCUAUGACGCUCAAAAUUUGAAUCUCGGAGAGAACUAUGAAACAUGGAAUGUAUUGGCAAAAGCAAGCAAUAAAGGCAGCUUGUUUUCAACUUUGAAAUGGCCAAGAACUGCUGAAUUAAAGGCACAAGUUAAAAGAUUAUAUUCACUCUUGUCUAUCAAAGACUCUGCUGCAAAUAUCCCCAGGAACCUUGAGGCUAGACGCAGGCUUGAGUUCUUUACGAACUCUCUUUUUAUGGAUAUGCCAAUUGCAAAACCAGUCCGCGAGAUGUUGUCUUUCAGUGUAUUUACCCCCUAUUACUCGGAAACCGUUUUAUACAGUCUGCAAGAAAUCUUAAAGAAAAAUGAAGAUGGAAUAUCAAUUUUGUUUUACCUACAAAAGAUAUACCCAGAUGAGUGGAGAAAUUUUCUUGCUCGUAUUGGGCGUGAUGAAAAUUCACUUGAGACAGAACUGUUUGAUACUCCUAGUGAUAUUCUUGAGCUGCGAAUUUGGGCUUCUUACCGAGGACAGACAUUAGCAAGAACAGUUCGUGGUAUGAUGUAUUAUAGAAAAGCUUUGAUGUUACAAUCCUAUGUGGAAAGGUUGUCUACACAAGAUGUUGAGGCUGCAUUGUCCAGUAAAGAUGCCACUAACACUCAAGGUUUUGAGUUAUCCCCGGAGGCUAGAGCCCAAGCAGAUCUAAAAUUUACAUAUGUUGUUACUUGUCAAAUAUAUGGGAAGCAGAAGGAAGAACAAAAGCCUGAGGCAGCUGACAUUGCAUUGCUAUUGCAGAGGAAUGAAGCUCUCCGUGUAGCAUUUAUUGAUGAGGUGGAGAGUUUAAAGGAGGGAAGUGUAACUAGGGAGUACUAUUCAAAGCUUGUAAAGGGUGACAUCAAUGGGAAAGAUAAGGAGGUUUAUUCUAUUAAGUUGCCAGGAAAUCCUAAACUUGGUGAGGGGAAACCAGAAAAUCAAAACCAUGCGGUUAUAUUUACUCGUGGAAGUGCAGUCCAGACAAUCGACAUGAAUCAGGAUAACUACUUUGAGGAGGCUCUGAAGAUGAGAAAUCUCCUUGAAGAAUUUUUUCGUGAUCAUGGUAUCCGUCCUCCAACCAUACUAGGAGUCAGGGAACAUGUCUUCACAGGAAGUGUCUCAUCUUUAGCCUCUUUCAUGUCGAAUCAAGAAACCUGUUUUGUGACCCUUGGGCAGCGUGUUUUAGCAAACCCUUUAAAGGUCCGGAUGCAUUAUGGUCACCCAGAUGUGUUUGAUAGAGUUUUCCAUAUAACACGUGGUGGCAUCAGCAAGGCCUCUCGUGUAAUCAACAUCAGUGAAGAUAUUUUUUCAGGGUUUAAUUCAACUUUGCGACAAGGAAAUGUGACUCAUCACGAAUAUAUUCAAGUUGGAAAGGGAAGAGAUGUAGGGCUCAAUCAGAUUGCCUUAUUUGAAGGGAAAGUUGCUGGUGGUAAUGGUGAACAAAUCCUUAGUAGGGAUGUCUACAGACUUGGCCAACUAUUUGAUUUCUUUAGAAUGAUGUCGUUCUACUUUACCACUGUAGGCUAUUACUUUUGCACAAUGUUAACAGUGCUGACAGUCUACAUUUUCCUUUAUGGACGAACAUAUUUGGCACUAUCGGGUAUUGGCGAAACAAUGUCUCAAAGAGCUAGGAUCACAGACAAUACUGCUCUUAGUGCUGCACUAAAUGCACAAUUCCUCUUUCAAAUUGGUUUCAUCUCUGCUAUACCAAUGAUCCUGGGUUUCAUCUUGGAAGAAGGAUUUCUAACGGCUGUUGUUAGUUUUGUGACUAUGCAGUUCCAGCUAUCUACAGUCUUCUUCACAUUUUCUUUGGGCACAAGAACACAUUAUUUUGGAAGAACUAUUCUUCAUGGGGGCGCAAGGUACCAAGCAACUGGAAGGGGAUUUGUUGUGCGCCAUAUCAAAUUUUCUGAGAUUUACAGGCUAUACUCGCGCAGUCAUUUUGUCAAGGGAUUAGAAAUCGCCCUGUUGUUGGUGGUUUACCUUGUUUACGGAUACAAUGAAGGUGGAGCUGUUGCCUAUAUUCUUAUCUCACUCAGCAGUUGGUUCAUGGCUUUAUCUUGGCUAUUUGCUCCGCAUCUAUUCAACCCGUCCGGUUUUGAAUGGCAGAAGAUAGUGGAAGACUUCAGAGACUGGACAAACUGGCUUCUCUACCGUGGUGGAAUUGGAGUAAAGGGAGCAGAAAGCUGGGAAACUUGGUGGGACGAAGAAUUGGCACACAUUCGUACUUAUUCCGGAAGGGUGAUGGAAACAAUUCUUAGUCUUAGAUUUUUCAUCUUCCAGUAUGGCAUUGUGUACAAACUCGAUAUCCAAGGAUCAAACACAUCACUAACGGUAUAUGGUUUCUCAUGGAUUGGCCUUGUAGUAAUUAUCUGUCUCUUCAAGGUGUUCACUUUCAGCCAAAAGAUAACAGUUAAUUUUCAACUGUUGUUGCGCUUCAUCCAAGGCGUUUUCUUCUUACUCUCACUGUCUGGUUUAGCUGCCGCUGUUGCAUUCACAGACCUAUCGAUAUCAGAUGUUCUUGCUUGCAUCUUAGCCUUUAUACCAACUGGGUGGGGUAUCCUUUCUGUUGCUGUGGCCUGGCAGCCUUUGAUAAAGAAAAUAGGGAUGUGGGAUUCAAUACGUUCCCUUGGGAGGUUAUAUGAUGCUGCCAUGGGAAUUAUCAUCUUCAUUCCAAUUGCACUCUUUUCGUGGUUCCCAUUCUUUUCAACAUUCCAAACACGGCUUAUGUUCAACCAGGCAUUCAGUCGGGGAUUGGAGAUAUCCCUUAUUCUAGCUGGGAACAACCCGAACCGGGGUAUAUGAGUGCGCCAUAAUCUAACUGUGAUUUGUAUGUAUGCAUGUGUAGGAAAAUGCGGUUUCAUUUUCUUUUCAGGCAUGUUAGAGCUUUUAGUGAUUUUAGUUUGUAAACUUAAAAUUAAUCACACUUGAUUGAUAUAAGAUUAUUCUAGAAUAAUUACACAAGUAUUUUUGUUUG